AUUUUCACUGUAAGGAAGUAGAAAGAGGUCCAGUAAUCAGUACAUGUGAUAAGUAAUAAGAAGUGCCGCUUCGCCAUGGUGUUGUUGUUGUUGUUAUUCCGUAAAUCUGCGUGUAUUUCUGCACACGUGUGUCGCCUCGCCAGCGCGCAGAGACUCCGCAGCUCGUGUCACCAGCUCAGGAGCCUGUGUCACUUCUAUCACGGAGCUUUUCCGCUGCGACGCCGGGCUUCUGUCUGCCAACACCCGGAAACAUGUUGUUUAGUAACCUCAGGUUCCCUGAAGAAAAGCAUCCAUAUGAGCGCAGUCAGGCUGGAGAAAUCCACUCCUGUGCAGAUGAGUGAGCUCUCUGAAGCAGUGUAUGAGAAACUGGCAGAGGAGACACUGGAUGCUCUGGCUGAAUACUUUGAAGACCUGGCUGAUGAAGCUCCUCCUGGAGCCGACUUUGAUGUCGUCUUCUCUAGCGGUGUGUUGACGGUGAAGGUGGGCGGAGACCACGGCACGUAUGUCAUCAACAAACAGACACCAAACAAACAAAUCUGGCUUUCCUCUCCCACCAGUGGCCCAAAGCGUUACCACUGGACUGGUGAACAGUGGGUUUACAGCCACGACGGCGUCAGCCUCCACCAGCUGCUGUCCAAAGAGUUCUCCAUCAUCUUCAAUAAAAACAUGGACCUCUCUGACCUGCCGUAUUCCUGAGGUUUAGGGUCAUGACGUCACAUAAAUACAGAUAACGAUGAUCAUGUCGCGUAAUAAUAUAUUUGUACAGCUCCUACUCUGUGUCACACACACUGUCUGCAUCACGUCACAUUUCCAUGUUUUACAGAGCUGGGCCUUUUUGGUUUUGUUUUGAGACAAAUCAUUUUGUUUUAUUAUUUUAUUUAUUAUCAUGGACUGUGUACAAAAGUAAAUUAAAUGAAUUAUUAUUAUAUGAACUAUUUAAAGCUUAUUGUAAUCUGCAGUCCCUUGCAAAACUCACAGUGACAGAACAGGGGAAGCAGAAAGUUUGCUGAACGACAGAAAACAUAAACUAAAGGGUGAUCGGUGUGGACAGGCUUCUGA